UCGACUAGGUGCCGUCUUCCUCGCUAGCCACUUUGGGUGUCUUCAGAGUGUCAAGGUUCUACUUGGUAAGGGUGCGGAUGCUUCUCUUCUUAGCAAAGAACCUUCCAACUUCUCGCCUAUCAUGGCAGCAGCCUGUAAAGGCCACUCGGAAGUCAUCCAAGUCCUCAUUGAGCAUGGCUGUAACCUUAAUGUUCAAAACAACGCUGGCGAGGAUGCGCUCGACCUGGCCAUAAGUGACCGAAAGAUUGAAGCUGUUCGAGUUCUGCUCGGCGCAAUGGGCGGCGCAGACUAUCCAAAAGACAGUGUCUCUCUUCAACUAGCUUUGGCAAACAAUUACACUACUAUGAAGGCGAUUACAUCGGUGGCGUCAAUCAUGUACCCCUCUGCUAGGAAUGGAUGCGAAAAUCCCGGGAAAUUCGCUUGGAUGGUCUGGGCUCUUGAAGAAGGUGGUGCGCUGGUAAAGCAACGAGCUAUGCGUAAGAUGCUGCACGCUGCUCUUGAAGACCAGGACGUUGAGUGGGUAAAGGCCCUCGCUGAACAGGGCUGCGAUAUGACUGCGCUUCUCGAGUCUGGCCACACACCAUUUACCUUCGCAGUCGGCCAUCGUAAUACCGAGGUAAUUCAAGUGCUUCUGAAUUACGACGCAGACCCCAACAAACCGAAUGCAGAUGGUUUUACGGCGCUCGACUAUGCUGUCAAUGAGAUGAAAGAUGGAAACGACGUUGAAAUAGUAGACAUCCUGCUCAAGAGCUUCCGAUGCCGCAUCAACAUGGGCAACAACCCGGCCGAUACAGUUUUCUCAUAUGUUCUAACCAGGGCGGAAGAAUGGGGAUCUAAAGCCGAUGACCUUGCCAUCCGCAUGUUGGCGUCUGUGCAAGACAUCAACGAGGAUAGGGAUUCAGUUGGCUGCACUUUGCUCCAUGUUGCCACUCUUCGCGAGCGAGAAGAUUUCAUCGACCUUUUACUCCGGCGCGGAGCUGACCUUGAGACUACCGACGAGUGUGGUGUCACACCACUGAUUCUUGCAACCCAGCACAGUCCAAGAAUGAUACCCCUCCUCAUCGAACGCGGAGCAAACGUCAAUGCCAAAUACAAGGCCAAUGCUGGUGUCUUGGCUGCUGCCGCUGCACAAGGGAGCGUAGAGUCUCUGGAGUUUCUUGUCAAUUAUGGGCUCGACAUCGAAGUUAAGACAGAGAAGGGUUAUCCUCCACUGGCAUGUGCAUUAACUUGGGCCCAAGAAGACGCCGCGCUGUUUUUGAUAGAGCAAGGGGCUGAUGUUCACUGGAAGACAAAUAACAAGGAGCAAACUGCGUUGCAUUUUGCCGCCAAACAGACGCUUGAACACGUUGUCGAGGAGCUUCUCAAGCGGGAUGUGAAAGUCAAUGUCACGGAUAGUGAAGGCUGGACUCCUUUACACGAGGUUAAUAUCAUUCUCCCUCGGAUUUUCUCCAGUUAUUAACAACUUCAGGCAUGUGCAACUGGCAACCCCAAAAUCGUCGGCAUGCUUCUCGAUGCAGGAGCUGAUAUUGAAGCGGAGCUUCCUAACAAAGACCGACCCUUACAUGUCGCACUCAUCAACGAGCGAGAAGAAAUUGCCGAACUACUCCUAACGAAGGGCGCGGAUACUAUUGAACGAGCAUCUAAAUUACGGAGUCCACUUCAUCUCGCCGCUGAGUACGGUCUCCAAAGAGCCGCCCUCCUUCUCUUGGACAAGGGGUGUUCAACCGAAGCCGUCGAUGAAGAGUCUUGGACACCCCUCUGCUGUUGUGGCUUCUCAGAUGUAGUCCGAGUUCUCAUUGACCACGGCGCAAAUGUGGAUUAUGCCGAUAAAGAUAAUUGGACGCCUCU